CCGGGAAAGCUCGGUUUCAACAGGAGGAGUGUUUUGGUGUUUUCAUCGCUGAAAGUGUUGAAACGUUUGAUAAACAAUGCAGAAAAUAACAGAGAAGCUUCUACUGGAGAAAGCCACUCCAAAAACCAAUAAACUGGAGCAAAUCAAGGCAUUGAAUCUGUCUAAGAUGGGGUUGAAGCUUCAGGAUCUACCCGUCAAGCUGCUAUCCCGUCUCCAGUCCCUGGAAAAGUGGGAUCUUUCUGGGAACAUGCUGCAGGAGUUUCCCAAGAGCCUGGAGCUGUCUACUCUUCGCUGCCUGGACCUGAGCGACAAUCAGAUCGAGGAUGUUACCACUCUGAACUCUCUAAGCAACUUGGAAGAGAUCAAGAUAGAUAACAACCUCUACAUCACUGUGAGUGACAGUUACAAGCUGAUGGUGCUGCUGCCCAAUCUGAGGAUUUACAACGGUAAAGAUGUCACCUCUUCUGCCAACCACUUACGUUAUGUCUACAGUGACAACCUGAGGACCAGGAUUGCUGCUCUUUGGGAGAAGAACUUCUGCGCCCGAGAUCCCAUCACAGCAGGGAAGCUGUCUGACUUGGAGAUCGAUUUCAUCAGCACUGCCCGGAAGCAAGUUAAAUUUGGGCCUAGUUCAGUCAGUGACUUCACCAAAUGGAGGGUGGAGAUAUUAGCUAAAGAGUAUCUACGUUCUCUGACAGAACCAAAGGAAAAACCUGAUAGCGAGGAGUCUACCGGCACUAAAAUGAACUGUGAUGUCUCAAAGCCUGCCAAGAGGAAACAAAGUCAAUUAGUUAUAAACACCAACAUAAGCUUGACACCUCGCAAAAAGGCUUGCACAGAUCCCCCGGCCUCUUCGGCUGAAGACAGUCCUCGCCAGUCCAGAUUCCGCCUCAAGCCUCAGAGACAAACCCCAUCCAGCACGGUCAGGAUGAGCCCCCGCAAGACAAGUCAGCCUCCCGCUACGCCCAGCAGAGGAGAGAGCAGGCCAGAGACACCUAAGAGAAGUUCUGAAGUGCAACAAAUCAAUGAGGAUGGCACUCGGAAGAAACAGAAGCAGGAAAGCGCAGGCAAAAAAGGUUUACAGAGAGAUGCCGACAUGCUACACACAGCAGAGACUUGCAGCAGGACACAGCAGCCGGUGAGUCUCAAGCCGCUCCACGUUCUCCAGUGCCACAGCAAGCAGGACAGCUUGGAGGACUUCUCGACCCAGCUGUGGGCCUGUGCUUUCCAGCCGCUGCCAGAUUCUGCAGGCAAUGCUGGAGGAAGUCGUUUGGUCGCCACUUGUGGAGGAGACUCCAUCUGUUUGAUUGACUGUGAAAUGGGGAUGGUGAUGAAGAAGUACAAAGUUCCUGGGGAGGAGUUCUUCUCCCUGGCCUGGUCCACAGUGUUGAUGUCCAGGGGGGGCACGGCUUCAGCUCAGCACUGCAGUAUUCUUGCAGCUGGUGGCAAGAGAGGAAUUGUUAAAUUGAUUCAUCCCAGAAACAACGUGGCCUACGGCGAGUUCAGAGCCAGCCGGAAGGCGCUCUCUGUCCUCCGUUUUAACCACUAUCAGGGAAACUUCCUCUUCACGGGAUCAUACGACAACAAGAUCCUCAUGUGGGACAUCGGCGGGGUGGACAGCCAGUACAACUUCAAAAUCGUUCAGCUGCUGGUGUUGGAGAUCAGUGCCACCCCUCUGCACAUCUGCCUGCCCCCCACUGCUCCCAGUGUGCACCUACUGGCUGCAUCUGAGGACGGCUUGCACUGCUACCACACACAACUCGGUGCCAACAACAGCAAUAAGAGGUCAAAGGAAAUGGAGAUAACUUUUCCCAUAUAUAAGAAAGAAGACAAAGACCAUGACUACCACACCAUAGACGGCCUGAGUUUUCUUAAUGAUGACAUAGUGGCAUCCAAGAACUACAUGUAUGGUUGCAUUUACCUGUGGAGCUGGAGCAGGACCAAGGUUAAGCGGCCUGACAGGAAGAGCAAAACGGUGUGCGCUGUAGUUCUGGCUGAGCUGCAGUGGGUCAGCACUGAGAUUCCCUACCUGGCUCUCAACACCUGUCCCGGUCAAGCCUACAUAGUGUGUGGUGAUGACAAAGGCAAGAUAUGGACAUAUCACAUCACCAACCUCCAGAAAAACAGUUUCCACACUGGGAAACCCAUCCUGCCCACUGAGGUGUUGGAGUGGCCGACCCUGGUGAGGAACGGCCUCGGCCAGGUAAAGGGCCCCUCCAUCAACAGCAUAGCAACGGACCCUGAGCUGUGCUAUCUAGUUGCCCUUAGUGACAAGAAUAUGGUGAUAGUAUGGAAGAGAGAGGAGUCACUCUGAGCACCAGUGGCACCACAGCCACAUGAAUUCAAGUAUCUGCAGUUUAUCUGGAUGUGGCCAGGAUUUAUUUUGUAAAGCUGGGUGUGCCAAAUCAAGGACUGAAGAUGUGCACAUCCAUAAUUUGUGUUAGUGAUGAUGCUACAUCAGCAUCCAACAGCUUCACAGACUGAAGAAAAAACAACAAGACUUCAUUAUUUUCUUUUACACGGCAGUGUAACAUAUGGAGUUUUGAUAUAAAACUCUAAUUGCAGAUAUAUUUUUUAACUUAAAGUUGCUGUUGUUAUGAUUAGUAGGUGAUCAUAACUAAGUGGAGAGACUUUGUGACAUAAUUAUUGACUGAUUUGUUGUUCAGAAUUGAAAAAAAAAAACUGCAUUUAUGUCCACGUGAUUAUAAUAAUCCACCAUGGCCUUCAAAAUCCAGCUGAUAUUUGAGUUUGUUUUCUUGUGCUGAUUUUAGCAGGAGACCAUGACUCCACAUAACUGCUAAGACUGCUCAGUGUCUGCAGGAUGUUUUAAAGGCAACAGUUUGCCGUCACUUUGACUGUAACAAAUGUCACAUUUCAAAUGAAGUCAGUUAAUUCAGAUUUAAUUUGUUGAACUGAAUUUCAUGAGGAUUAUGGCUUGUUUCUUUUUGAAAUAUAUGCUUUGUGUAGUUUUUGAAAAUGUGAAUUAAGCUUGUCUUCUGUUGCGAAGCCAGGAUUGGAUUUUAUUUCCUUGUGCUACUUCGUAAUGUUGAGAUAACAUUAAAGGGUGCACAUGCUGCAGUAUUUACCUUUCUGCUCAUAUCAGUGUGCAGCCCACCAUGUUUUUAUGCUUUAAAGCUGGAA